GAUGACAAUGCCUCAAAUCUGCCGCUUUUGUCGGGGUGUUACCAGGCAGACUGGAGCCUGCAGAUUUCACUCGCCUUUUUGUUUUUUUUAAGUCCUUAAAAGGAAAAAGUUAAAAAAAAAAAAAAACCUUGCUUGCUAAUAGACGCUGCAAUUUAUGAAAUGCCCCUUUGGGGAAACUGAAGAUGUUUUUCUUUGGGCAUUUAUUUUUGUUGCUACCUUUCUAUUUUCUUCUUUACUUUUAAUUGGAAGUUGUAAGACGGUUGCUUUUGAACCGGAACUCAAAGUAAAAACACCCAGCGCGGGCUUUAAGCUUGCAAAAGGCCUGGCGCCACGGCCCCUUCCAGCGACAGCACGAGCCGCGGCGCGCCAGCGAGGCCUCCCCGCACGCUCAGCGCCCCGACCCGGCCGCGCUGGAGGGUCCGAGCCGACGUCCCCGCCCGGAGCCGAGCGCCGCGGGGCGCUGGGACGCGCGAGCAGAUUGCGGCCGGCGCACGCGGCUCGUUUGCAUUUCUAUGGAGAGCGCACAAUAGCGGAGGUCUGGCGUGUGGCGGUUUGCAGGAGGGACAAUCGCGGCUUUCUCUUCAUAGCGACACUGUCCACCUGCCGCAGGGUGGUGUGGGUAGGGCCCCGCCGCACGUGGGGGUCGCGGGCUGCCCGGCGCGUGGGGGUCGGGCCACGUGCCACUCCUGCUCCCCUGGGUGUGCGUCCCCUGCACGGGCGCCCCUGCACCCGCGGCCCGUCUGUAUGUAAUUCCGCCCCCCUCGCCGCCCCCGGGUCCUCGCGCAGGCUGCCGCCCAGUCUACGCAGCCAGGUGCGCUGCGCGGAGACCCGGGGCUCUGGUGCCCGAGCACCAAGAGCGCAGCUCCGAAUCCCUUUCCCGGGGCGCCAUCUACAGGCUGUCCGGAAACGCUCGGGCCACCCCCGCCCCCACCUGCACGGGCGUCUGGGGUGCUGGCCUCGCGCCCUGCGGUCCCCGAGAGGCCCUGGCGGGUCCGCUGACCCCACCCCAGCUGCGCGUUCAUGGAAGCCAGAGGAAGGGCUGCAAAACCUACCCGGGAAGGAGCAUAAUAAAACUGGAAGCUAUGAACAGACAGUGCUGUGAUGUCACCACUCCGCACCCCGUGAGCCGGCGCGUUCAGACCAUGUGCCCACGGAGAGCUUCACUUUGGGUGUCCGCAUCUCUCCGCGCUACCAGGAAACUCCCGCCGGGGUGCCCUUCAUGGCCCCGUUUCGUCGGGGGGGGGGGGGGGGCUGGAGCCUGGAAGGACAGCGCAGGGUGUCCCUGGCAAGCCCAGGCCCCGCUGCGCCACUGGGACGGGUAAGAGGACCCAGGGCGUCGGCGUCCUGCGCCCUCCAGUGGACGUAGCAGCCGCGAAGUCAGGGCCGCUUCCCGGAAUCCCAGAAGGUGUUUGCUCACCUGGUCCCGGCUUCCCAGGUGCACCUGUCACGUUCAUGUGCUACUGCUUCCUUUCUGUCUUUGCUGGUGGCUCAGGAAGUGCUUGAAUAAAUACGUUUAUUUCUAA